AUGGAAGAAAUAAAGACGGAACCAGUGGAUUUUGUGAGGGAAUUUCAAGAGUACCUGACGCAGCAAACGCAGCACGUCAAUAUGAUUUCAGGUUCGAUUUGUGAAGAAAAGGACCCAGUGGCCCCGAGGAGCGAGCAUAAUGGUCUAGACCCCCCAUCCGUGGAGGUGAGCCUGCCCUUGGAGGAAGGGUCAGAUGUGCAAAUGGACGGACUGGAAAGGACGUGUGACGGCAAAUACAAGUGCAGCUUCUGCAGCUAUGUAAACAAGGGCAUGGCCCGCUUGAUCGAGCACAUCCGCAUCCAUACAGGUGAAAAGCCGCACCGUUGCCAGCUGUGCCCAUUUGCUUCGGCCUACGAACGACACCUAGAGGCCCACAUGCGCUCGCACACGGGCGAGAAGCCGUACAAGUGCGACCUAUGCACCUUCCGCUGCAGCGACCGCAGCAACCUGUCCCACCACCGUCGCCGGCGCCACAAGCAGCCGCCCGCCCGGGUGGUGCGCCCGCCCUUUGUCGUCAAGCGAAGCCUGGCCACGCUGCAGAAGCGUAGUGGGUCGCUGUGCUUUGGGAGACGCCUGACCUUCACCCCUCCGCCCCUUCCCAAGUCAGACUACACCAAUGAUGUGCCUCACAAGCAUCAUCACCAUUUGAACAUGAGCGAGCAGAGGAACCCUCCUGGGCUGCUGCAGAAUGACUUCAACAGAGCUUUCAACAACCCACUGGAACAGCUGGCUUCGCUGCAGCCAGCUGACCUCCAUUCGGAAUCCUCUGAAGUACCUGCGAACAGUGACGAGAAGCCAAUUGUGAUACAAGAAGUCACAGGUGCACGAGCCACAACAUGCUCCAACGGCGUGCAGACUUUAACACCAAAAGGUGAAUACCCCGCUUCAGACCACAGGAGUAAUGCACACGGUCACGGGUUAGACGUCCACGACGAGGCUUUGUGCGCGGGCGGCAGCAGGCCCAGCACGCCCCGAGCCGCCGCCCCCGCUACCACUCCGGAAUGCGAUGAGCCGCAGCGGUGCCCACACUGUGACAUCAACUUUCCCGACAAUGUUCUGUACACCAUCCACAUGGGAUGCCACGUUUACGAGCACCCUUUUCGCUGUAAUGUCUGCGGACACACGUGUACUGACAAGUAUGAUUUUGCCUGCCAUUUUGCUCAAGGGCAGCACAGGAAGUGA